AUGGUAACAACAAGGACCCGGGAUUAUGGAAGCGGCGAUGAUGAAGAUGAAAUAGGGGAACAUAGGAACGCAUCCGUGAGAGAGGAAAAGCUAGCCGACAAGAGGAAUCGCUGGGCUGCAUUGCUCCGGGAGAAGCUAUAUCUUACUGUGAUCAAUGAGGUCUUGGAGGAAGAGCUGGGGAAGUAUACGAACAACCGUGUGUUCAAUGAAGCUAACUUAAUGUUAAUAACGAGAGAGUGUAUGCUUAUCCUUGCGUCUGCGCCUCGUAUCUUCGAAGCCGCUGUAGAAGGUAUGCUGGCGCUGAGGUUCACUGUAGACCAGGAAUUACAGGCGGAGUAUGAGGAGAUCCGGCAGCGAGCUGACGUACAGCCGUCCAUUUAUAUGCACCUACUCGCUGAUGAAGGCGGUGUAGCUCCUAGUGCUAGUCAGUACAUGAUAAUCCGGGACAUCGUAACGAGAUACAUAGACGAAGCAGAAGUACAGCUUGCUUCGCUUGUUGAUAACAUUUCCCCUCCAUAUGUCGCUUUAAGGGAUACCUCCGCGGGCUAUAGAAAGUAUUUAUGCACAGCUCGAAGAUCUCCUCGGCGAGUACGGGUCCUGGAAAGAUUCUGCGAAGGGAUCCGCAAGCGGUGGGAAGAGACGCCACCUCAGGAGAGAGAUCUGCCAUUGAAUUAUCCCCCAGGAGAGUGUGGCUAUGCCAUAAACGCACCGCGACGCCUCUUGCAGCACCGUAGCCGAAUAUCUUCCAAUUAUAUCAUGAAUCUGGUUGAGGAUAUAUGCACCUUGGGAUUCCGUGACCUAAAGCUGUUCACGCACCUCUUCAGGAUGCACCAGUUCAUCAUCUAUCUCAUCUUCAACCCGCAGCAGGUCGAGGUUGCAGAGAUGUUCUGCUCGGGGCUUCUGCAGGUAUGGGUAGAUAAAGGAGGAGGCUUUAACCAUUAUCCAGCGGGAUUGAGUAAUGCGUCUGCAAGAAGGGUUAGUGAAGAUGAGUGGAACGGACAUGAGAUAUACGUUCGGGAAAAUUCUCCUCUAGAAACCAAUAUCCGUCAUCAGCGGGAUACAAUCGAUGAUGUUGUACUCAAGCUACAUGAGCAAGCCGCAGCCUUGCUGUGGGAGGUCUUUCAGGAACUCGCCCAGUAUGAGGGCAGUGAGGAGAGUGAAAGUGAUGAAACGGAAAAUGAGCUAAGGAGAAUGGAUAUGGAUAUAAAUAUGUAAACUUGGUGGUAGUGCAGUGGAUGAAACGAUAUGGCACCUCGGGGGCAGCUG